AUGACUCUACUCUCUCAAGAAUUUGUGAGGCUAUAUCUACGAAUGACUGGACCUGCUUCAAACGGAAGAAUGCUCAAGACUAGACUGAUGGCUCUCAAAGGAAUAAACAUAAUAGAAUUUGCUGGACUUGCUCCUGCACCUUUUUGUGGCUUUAUCUUGGCGGAUUUUGGAGCUAGAGUUGUUCGAGUUGAUCGGAUGAAUGCUGGAUUUACCCGUGAUGUUCUUUGUCGUGGGAAGCAGUCUGUGAAAAUUGAUUUGAAACAUCCUCUAAGUACAGAAAUUGUCAAGAGAAUGUGUAAAAAGUUUGAUGUACUCAUUGAACCUUUUCGACCAGGUGUGAUGGAGAAUUUAGGGUUGGGCCCCCAGAAUUUGAUGUCACUAAAUCCUUGUCUUAUUUACACUCGAUUAUCUGGUUUUGGACAAAAUGGAUCAAUGUCCCAGACUGCUGGACAUGACAUUAACUUUCUAGCAGCUUCAGGUAUUCUCUCCACUCUGGGACAUACAGGUAGUUGUCCAUUUCCACCGAUUAAUCUUUUGGCAGAUUUUGCGGGCGGAGGCUUAAUGUGUGCUCUUGGCAUUAUGAUGGCCUUGUAUGAACGAACCUCAUCUGGUCUGGGCCAAGUUAUUGAUGGAAACAUAACUGCUGGAUCUGCAUAUGUUGGUAAGCUUAUUUAUUCUAUUUGUAAUUUUACUGAGUAA